CUCAAGCUCGCAACCUACGAUGAAAAAAGUGUGGAGGCGGGGCGGCUCGCGGGAGUUCAACUUCUACUUUUACAUUAUCUCUGCUUUAUGUUUACAUCACUUCUUCUCUUCUUCUUCUUCUUUUACAAGUUCAUAAGUAUUUCUCUGUGCUUCUUUCAGAUCCUGACGACCUUCGGCUUCUCAAGGUUACAAGGAGUCAAAGGAUGGGAUUCUGGAAUUACUAAUACCAUAUACCUUCACAAGCUCAGUAGUCUUAAGCUUUGAAGAAGACAGAUUCUAGGAAGAUCCCUGACUGAGAAUGUCGAGGUUUCUAGGAGUGUUCAGAUUUUUCCUUUGAAGUUAAUUUCAUCUGUGAAAUUACACUACUGUAGAUUAGAGCAGGUGAUGGAAAUGGCUGUUUGUAAUGCAAAAGCUUGUUUGGAAAAGAAAAGGAAAAGAAAGAGGAGGAGGAGGGGUAACACCACUAGAGGCGAUCACCGAGGUUGUGAUCCUAAUGAAUAUGAUGCUUCAACAGAAAAUAAUGUUUCUCAAGAAUCUCCAACAAAAAUGUGUUUAAACAUGAAGCCAGAAAUAGGACAAUCUCAUUUUGAAGUAAAUAUACUAGGGGAAAAGAAUGAGAAGAAGCACGAUGAUUUACAAUGUGGAGAAGCAUCUGGAAUGUCUGUCUUGACCCUAUUGAACGUUGAAGUUCUUAAAGAAGAUGAUGAAGCAUCUACUUCCCCAAAUGCAGAUGUUUAUUCAGCAGAUGGAAAGGAAAAUUCUUUAGUUCCCGAGGAUCCAGAUGGGAAAGGUACUAAUAUAGUUAAACGAGAUGAUGAGCAUACAGAGACUGUAGAUCAUUCAACUCCUUUGAGCCAUAUCAAAACCCAAAGGAUAAGGAAAAGAAAGCGUCGUCGUGGAAAGGGAAGGUCCUUAGAGUCCCCUAAAAAAAAUUUGGAAACCAAUGUGGAGGACGAAAAGAAAGUUUCUCUAUUGAACCACCCUCAUGAAGAGGAGACAAAUGACCACCUUAAAAAUUUUGUAACGGAAGAGGUUACUAAUGGGGCUUUGUUGGAAGAAUCAGUUGACUGCUCAAUUAGUGAAAAAACAGAGUUGUCUGCAGAUACGAAGGAAAGCUCUAUGAUUAUUGCAGAUCCUCAUAGGUCCAAGGAUUUUGAAAAUGCUACCAUGAUUAAAAUACAUGAUGACUGCUUAGAGACUAAGCAUUUUUUGGCUCAAUCAAACAGUGAUGAUACCCAUGGCAAAACAAGAAGAGUGAGAAAAAGAGGUCGAAGAAGGAGAAAGUUUGCAGGUUCCUUUGAAGGAAGUUUGAAUUCUGAAGUGGAAGACAAUAAUAAAGAUGCUGCAUUCAACUGUUUAAAUGAAGUGCAUGCAACUAGUUUGCAUGAGCAAUCUACCACCACCAAGAUAGUUAAAAAGGUUGUGGCGGAAGAAAUGUCGACUAAGGUUGUGGCGGAAGAAAUGUCAGUCGACUGCUCUGUGGGUGUAAUUACAUCAGAUGUGAAGGAGAGAGAGGAAACCUUAAAGGAAAAGAUUCCUCGUUUUUUGUCUUGUGAUGCAACAAAUGGUAACAACAGUGCAACUGGAUUUACAAAGAAAAAGCUUCUCAUACUUGAUGUAAAUGGACUACUCGUAGAUUUUGUUCCAUAUUGUCCACGUGGAUACACUCCGGACUUCGUAAUAUCACGUAAAGCAGUGUUUAAGAGGCCCUUCUGUGACGACUUUCUAAGCUUUUGUUUUGAGAGAUUUGAAGUGGGGAUAUGGUCAUCGAGAACCCGGAAGAACCUGAGUAUGUUAGUUAAGUCUCUUAUGAGAGAUUCCAGACACAAGCUACUUUUUUGCUGGGAUCAAUCGCACUGUACAGCUACAAGGUUCAACACUAUUGAGAACGAUAGGAAGCCCCUCGUUUUGAAGGAACUGAAAAAAAUAUGGGAAAAUUUGGGACCGAAUCUUCCAUGGAAAAAGGGGGAGUUCGAUGCAUCAAAUACUUUACUGUUGGAUGAUUCCCCAUACAAGGCCUUGCGGAAUCCAGCUAAUACUGCAAUAUUUCCUACUACGUAUCAGUACAAGGACAGAGAUGAUACAUCAUUAGGACCUGGUGGUGAUCUUCGCACUUAUUUGGAGGGUUUAUCUACAGCAGAAAAUGUUAAAAAAUAUGUUGAACAGAAUCCAUUUGGUCAAAAACCCAUUUCCGAAUCUAGUCCAUGUUGGAAAUUCUACCGUAGGAUUAUAAAUAAUGAGAAGGGACGACGAUGAUUUAGGUGUUCAUUGGCUCUAGUAUGAAGUCUGUUCUAACUUCCAAGUAUAUGUAGCUCUUAUUCUCUGGAGUCAUUUCCGUGACAGGAUUCCCACAUGCUGAUGAUUAGUUCUCACAAAGUACGUGGCCAUAUUUUUAAGAUUGGUUCACAUGGUUAUUUGCUAUAUAGUAGUUCAUCAUCCGCUGCCAUAUUUGGAUAACCGUUGCUUGUCUUGCAAGAUUAGAAGAGCCUUUUAUCCCCUCUACACAUUUCAUUAGUUUCAUGUUUCUUUGUGGCAAAUUUUGAAAACUAAUCCGGUGAGUACAUAUUCACCGUUUUUCAUAAAGAUAUUUUCUUGUAGUUGUAGGUUACGAGCAUACAGAGAAUAUUUAGAGAUACACAGCUAGAAAUCCAGUUUACUCUAGCCAAUACAUUGCCCUGUAUUUUGUAAUUUUUUGAAACUUUUACUGCUGGUAGCUGAAAUCUAUUUCUGACAUGGGGAUGGAAGAUUCGUAGCACGAUGUUAUGACAAGGAUGUAGUUUGAUUCAUUUAGGACACUUUUGCAAUGUACUUCGACGAUUAUGAAGAUUAAAUCUGAACUCUGCAAUGCUUGGUUAUCUCACAUAUCUUUGGAUUUAU